GUUUUGAAUGAAUCAUUUGCUUGCUAGCUAGCUCCCUCAUAUCUUCAUCAGUUUCGUAUCACUUCCUAAAUCCAGUGAUCCUUUCCUAUUCAGACUUUUAUAGCUCCUUGAUUCAAUAGUCAUUUAGUUGCCAAGAGCAUCGUUUACAAGGAAGUAAACAACAAUGUCUGGCGUAUCGGUUGCUGUGGCUCCCAGGUCGGAGCCUGAUAAAAGUACAACUGCUGGAUCAAAACCCCAAGAAAAGCCGCAUCGCCUGCUUCACCAACAGCAGCAGCAGCCAGCCGUAGGAGGUGUCAUGGGGUCAUUGCGUGUGAUUGAGCUCCAGCUUGUGGCAUUCAUCAUGGUGUUCUCAGCCAGUGGCCUCGUCCCGCUCCUUGAUUUGAUAUUCCCUGCUUUCGCCUCGGCCUAUCUCUUAGUACUGUCACGUUUGGCCUUCCCAUCCCAUGGUCACGUCUCUUCGGGCUCUCAGGAGAUUUUCCAAGGAAGCAAAUUCUUCAGGCUGUAUGUGAUUGUGGGAACUACCGUUGGACUAUUCUUGCCGUUGGCUUAUGUUUUGGGUGGUUUUGCAAGGGGUGAUGAGCACGCAGUGCGUUCCGCAACACCUCACUUGUUCUUGCUCUCCUUUCAGAUUCUGACCGAAAAUAUCAUAAGUGGCUUGUCACUGUUUUCGCCACCAGUUAGAGCGCUUGUUCCGUUGCUCUACACAGUUAGGAGAAUUUUUGUCAUCCUUGAUUGGAUGAAUGAUGUCUGGCUGAACAAGACUCUUCCUGCAAAUGCACAUGUGAAGGAUGUGGCAUGGUUUUGGUUUGGAAGGACCUUGGCUGUGGCCAACUUCUUAUAUUUCUCCCUCAAUUUGUUUGGGUUUUUGAUUCCUCGAUUUCUUCCGAGGGCCUUUGAGAAGUACAUGAGGGAGAGGGAGGAAGUUCAUUCCAAGACUGCAGAAGACAAGCGCUCAGCAGUGUUAAAUAAAUCGGAAUCAGCUCCAGAUAAGAAGGCUGACUGAUUCC